AUGCUUAAAAAGCAAUUCAGUCAUUAUAGUCAAAAAUCACCUGUUGCUCGAGUACUUGAAUACAGUUUGAUGCGUAUCUACGAAACAAAUCAAUUACUUUUUGAAAUAGAACGACAAAUGAGUACAAAAUAUGAUUCAACCAAUGAAGUUCAUGAAAAGAAAUUAUUACAGUUAUGGAAUUAUAUGAAACCAGAUACAAAAUUAGAAUCUAGAUUGUCUAAACAGUGGGUUGAAAUUGGUUUUCAAGGUCAAGAUCCAGCUACCGAUUUUCGUGGAAUGGGAAUUCAAGGUUUAAAUGAUUUACUUUAUUUUGUUCAAACUUACCCACAUCAUGCUUUAUCUAUUCUUCAACAUGCCUCUCAUCCCGUGCAUUGGUAUCCUUAUGCUAUCGUUGGCAUUAAUAUCACUAAAUUUGUUUAUCAACUAUUAGAAUCUAAAAGGCUUCAAUCUUAUUUAUUUCAAUACGGUACACAUCUUGAUAGUCUACAAGACUUUUAUUCUUAUUUAUUUUAUCGAUUUAAUCAAUUUUGGAUCUCACAGCAUUUAACAGUCAUGGAUUUUGAAGUCAAAUUUAAAGAAUUUCAGUUACAAAUAGAAAAGGAUUUAUUAAAGGACACCAUGAUGUUCAAGAUAAAAUAA